AUGUUCCUCAAGACUAUCGUCACCGUGGCGUCUCUGCUGGCCGCCACGGUCCAAGGCGGUUACGUUGGUUACCCGCGACCCUCCAUCUACAGCAAGUCGGCCCAUUUCUCUCUCAAGGUCAAUGGCACCGACAUGUAUACGGUCAGUUAUGCUGGCUACGACUACGUCCAGUUCUCCAUGGAUGAAGGCUACGACACCGAGAUCAUUAUUGAGGCCAGAGAUCAGGCGUCGAUCAACAGUUACACCAUUACACCCCAAGCGCUACCAAUCAAAGCUAGGGUAGAUGGCAAGAAGCUGAUCUUCAAGAUGAAGAAAGCCCACUACCUCAUCGUCAAGAUCAACAGCAUGAAGGAAUUUGUUGUCGGCGCCGACCCCAGCGAGACCAAUGUUCCCAAGCUUGGUGCGUCCAAUGUUUUCAACGUACUGGACUAUAAGGCGGAUAAUACUGGUGCUGCGAUCACCGCGGGCGUUCAGGCUGCGAUAGACGCCGCCGCGAAACGGCCUGGAAGUAUUGUCUACGUGCCGCCCGGACUAUAUCUUGUUGGCAACCUUGUCAUCCGCGACAGGACUUCCCUCUACCUUGCCGGUGGCUCAGUGCUCCGCUUCACUGGCAAAAAGUCCGACUACAAGGUCAUGUACACCAAGUCGGAUCUCGGCGAUGGCACAUGGUGGAUCUCCACGGAUAAGGAUACCACCGGUAUUAAAAUCUUUGGCCGAGGCACCAUCGAUGGAAAUGGUUACAACACGAGGAAGAACACUGGUGCCGACAAGUUCAUGGCAAGCAUGGUCGUUCCCGCUGGCACAAAGGAUUUCCACAUGGACGGCGUCCUCGUUCGUGAUAGCUCCUUCUGGGCUGUAAACGUUGUCCAGGUGCAGGACUCCACCUUCACGAACCUGAAGAUCUUUGAUCGCUUUGAUGUAACCCAGGACGACGGCAUCGACAUCAACGAGUCGUCCAAUGUCAAGGUGCGCCGUGUCAUUGCUAUCGCCAACGACGACAGUUUUUCUGCAAAGACCUGGCCCUACAAGACCGGAACAACGGUCCCCUUUCCAUACCAGCCUCGCCCAAACAACAAGAUCUGGUUUGACGAUUGUCUUGCCUGGACUCUAUGCUACGCCUACAAGAUCGGAGAGGGCGUCUGGGAGGAGCAGUCUGAGAUCACGUUCCAAAACAGCUAUGUCUACUACGCGGGCGUCGGGUGCGGCAUCAAUCACAAGUACGGUUCAGCGUCCGCCAGGAACAUCACUUGGCAGAACAUCGACAUUGAGCGUCUGGGCGGUUCUCCCGGCGGCCAGGCCGCAUGGGCCACUCUUUACGUCAACUUUGUCAAGCAAGGUGCCGGUCCGAUUGGCCCUGGCAUCCUUCUCAAGAACAUUAAGGCCCGCAUGAAGGGGAAGCAGCGUGGCUUGAUCCAAGGCUACGAUGCCUCGUCCACCAUCAGUGAUGUGACCUUUACCGACAUUUAUAUGGAGAACAGCCCGAACCCUGCGACCUCCUUCGACGCGCUGAACAUGGAGCGCACAAAUUUCUACUCCAACAUCAACAUCAAAAACACAAAGUAA